AUGUCCAUGGUCUCCCCAGUAGUAGAAGCAGGGAAACUUGGCUACGGCGGCGCUGGUUACGGAGGCCUAGGAUACGGUGGCCUAGGAUACGGUGGCCUCGGCUACGGAGGUCUCGGGUACGGAGGUCUCGGCUACGGAGGUCUUGGUUAUGGCGGCCUAGGUGGUGGCUUGGGCGGUGGCUUGGGCGGUGUCGGCGGCGGUGUAGGUGGUGUAGGCGUCGGCAGCAGUGUUGCUCUUCUUAGCGGCGGGCCUGCCUUUGCCAAGACCGUGGCCGGACCAGCGUUCGUGGUGAGGACGGUUCACCACGUCAACAAAGUCAGCGGUGGAGGAGCUCUUGUUGCCCACUCUGGUCUCGGAAGCGGAUACGGCGGCGGCUACGGAGGCUACGGAGGUGGUUAUGGUGGAUACGGCGGCGGCUAUGGAGGCUAUGGAGGAUACGGAAGUUACGGAGGCUAUGGAGGUUACGGAGGUUACGGAGGUGGCUAUGGUGGCUACAAAGGUGGUUACAAGGGCUAA